AGCGUUUACUUUCAACCAGCGGCCAUCCGCCUUUAGGACCCCGCGGUCUGAUCAGCGGCCCGAUUAAACUUGAGCGCAACUUGGACAAAACCGACUGGGAAGUAUCACAUGUUCCGUCCAGAUUCUUCAACCGUAUUUUGGAAGCAAGUGGACACUUCUAAAAGCAUGAUUUUAGAAGAAUAAAAAACAUCACGCGUCUCUUCUUUGCAGCUCGACUUUGCCUGGAUUUCACGUGUGUUAAAGCAGACUGUGGGAGUGAGCUCGGCUUUGCCCUUUAGCUAUGGACCCAGAAAGACAGAAGCGCAAGGAAGAAAUAGAAAAAGCUCUUGGAUUCAUACACAGGUCGUCUUUGCCUUUUCCUGAUCCUGAAGGUUAUGAGGCAUUUUUGACUCAGUUAGUGUGUAAUUUGCUGGACGAAGGUAACACAGUCUUUCGUGAUGGAGAUUGGAGACAGGCGGCCUCACAUUACAGCGAAGGUGUAAACGUAGCCCGCUAUGCCCAGUCUGAAGCAUUGGUGAUUCCUGCAGAACUGCUGGAAAGUCUGUAUGUUAACCGGGCAGCUGCACACUAUAGUCUAGGUGAGUAUGAGCGAGGGGUGCAGGACUGUGACAGCGCGCUGUGCGUGUCUGAGGGCAGUCGUAGGGCACUCUACAGGAAGGCCCUGUGCCUUAGAGAGCUGGGCCGGUUCAGAGAGGCUUAUGAGUGUGGCACUGGCUGCUUGCUCACUGCACCUCAUGACAGACAAGUCGGUGAGUUGGCUCAGGACUUGGCCAAGAAACUUGGCCUGAAAAUCCGCAAAGCCUACAUCAGCUCCCAGGGUGAUUCUACAACAUCUCAGCCAGAUAGUAAUGGAGAAACUCCUCCUUCUACAGGAGAGACGUCUUCAAACGGGCUUGAGUCUGUGACAGAGACCGGAUCAGAAAAUGCCCAGUGCAUCCCUGCACCAUUGGCUACUCCAAUUCCAGUCAGUGAUGAUCCUCCAAUGCCACCACUAAGUCCAAUAGUGCCCCCGGAGACGCCCGAGAGCCCGAGCCAAGGGCCCACGGGGCGGGUACAGUAUUCUGUGCCAGUUUCAGAGCAAAUGGGUGAAUGCGUGAUAAAUGAGGAUCUGGAAAGCCUGCUGGAAAACAUUCCUAAAGGAGCUGAGGUCAGCGUGAACCCAGUUCAGGGUGCCAUUCCUACUAACCUUCCAAACACAGCAGUGGGUUUGCGUCCUCCCUACCCCUCUGGUCUCCCACCUUCUUCCUCCCAACUCACCCCCCCUUAUUUUGGCUCUGCUGUCAGCCCCCUCACUCAGCUGGACUCUUUCUCCACACUUGGUCAGAGUGAGAGUUCCACACAAGCGAUGGAGUCUCUUAUCCCUUUUGGUUCUGCGUCUGGGGCUGCAGACGCUGCAGGGAGGGCUAGAGCUGGAUCACUGAGCACGGAAGGGCUUGACUCGCUUUCUGAGUACACACUGCCAGGAGGAAGAAUCAAUACCAGUUUCAUCCCUGGAUUACGCAACCAUGCCAUCCAUACGAAUGGUUCAGCUGCCACUAACCUUUCACUGCUGUCCCGCAAUCCACUGGCUGCCACCCACGAGUUCAGACAGGCCUGCCAUGCCUGCUACAGUCGCAUAGGUCCCCGGGUCAUGGAUUACAAGUACCAGCCUGAAGCAGCUCAUCGCUGUAAGAGAGAUGUGCUGCUCUGCCGCCUCAAGACCUCAGACGACACCACUUGGAAGAGGAUACGACCUCGCCCUGCCCGCAAUAAUUUCUUAGGAGCAUUUGUUCUCUGCAAAGAGGUGCAGGAGCGCCAAGAGUGCCAGUACGGAGAGAAUUGCACCUUUGCCUAUUGCCAGGAGGAGAUAGACGUGUGGACUCAGGAGAGAAAAGGAGCUCUUAGCCGAGAACUUCUGUUCGAUCCCCUGGGCACAAACGAGAGAAGAGCACUUAGUGUCACCCGUCUGCUACAGCUUCAUAUGGGCAUGUUCAUGUUCCUCUGUGAGGAAUGUUUUGACAGUAAGCCUCGCAUUAUAAGCAAGCGUAGCAAAGAGAACCUAGGGGUCUGCUCCAACCUUACUGCUAGACAUCCUUUUGAUGACAACAAGUGCCUGGUGCACGUGGUCCGCUCAGCCAACGUGCGCUACAGUAAGAUUCGGCCGCUGCACCCAUUGUGCCAGUUCGAUGUGUGUCGCCAUGAGGUGCGCUACGGUUGCCAGAGAGAAGACAGCUGUUCCUUUGCUCACUCAGUCAUUGAGCUUAAGUGCUGGGUGCUGCAGCAGGACACAGGUAUUACUCAUGAGGAGAUGGUACAGGAGUCUAAGAGACACUGGCAAAGACUGGAGCAGAAUGCUCAGCGGCAGAAGCCCAUGCAUGUGCCUCAUCACACCAGCAGCAGUAGCAGCAGUGCUGUAAGUGCUGGUGUAGGGAGUGGAGGAGUGGCUGGAGGUGGUGGUGACGGCAUCGGAGGCGGCGGCUCAGGGGGAGGCAGCUGUGGCCGAGGUCGUGGGCUUAACCUGAAAAUGAAGUUUGUGUGUGGUCAGUGCUGGAGGGAAGGCCAGGUCAAUGAGCCGGACAAGGCACUGAAAUACUGUACUGCCAAAGCUAAACACAGCUGGACAAAAGAGCGCCGGGUGCUGUUAGUAAAAUCGUUUGAGAAGAAGAAGUGGGUAGUAGUACGACCUCUGCCUUUCUCUCGGACCUACCCCCAGCAGUAUGACAUGUGUGUUCACGUGAUGAAACAGAAGAAGUGCCACUACAUUGGGAACUGCUCUUUUGCGCACAGUUUGGAAGAGAGGGAUGUGUGGACCUACAUGAAGAACAACAGUUUGAGAGACAUGCAGCAGAUGUAUGAUCUGUGGUUAUCGUUAACCAAUCAGAACCGUCGACCAGAUGGCACCCUGAUGACUCCCCCUCCUGAAGAGAAACCCAGCACUAUGCCAGCUGACUACACAGAGGCAAUGGCUGGGCAGCGGUUGUCGGGGAGUGGAGAUCUGUGAUCCUGGCCAAAGUGUUGAGUGGCAACCCAUGCGGUGACCUGGAUGAGGCUUCCUGCAACAAGAUUCAGCCAUUCUCCAGAUGUCAGUUUGUAUGCCCUUGUUCCUUUCGGUGCAAAUAGGAAGCACUUUGUCCUCCUGCACUGCGGACAGCCUGACUGUAGUACUAAUGUGGUGAUCGUGAACAUGCACGCACAUACAUGCUUUCUCAUUAAUGCCCAAAUGUUCUUAUUCACUGACAUUACAUCAGGCUACAAAUACAUGCCAUGUCAUUUGACAGCCUAUGUAAUUUCUGGCCUAUUAUGAAGGCCAAAAAUAAAGAUGCCAAUUAAACAAAAAUUAAACAUUUAUUUGCCCCUCCUAAUACUAUGCUAUUUAAACUUGUGCUCAGGCAAAUGCCAACUAAGUCCCCCAACUGACCAACUGUUUCAUUAGAGUGCAUCAUAUCAGACAGCGGAACAAAAGCUAACUGCUUUCUAAGUAGAUUUCUAUGAUUUCCCCCAGCAUUUUAUUGAAUGAGUGGUGCCUCACUCUCUCUACCUGCCAUAUUGGCAGAACAAAUCUGAAUGUAUAGCCAGCAAAAGGCCAUGAAUAAGAAUGUAGAAUGUAUUAGAGACACCUUGGCAAAACAAAAAAAAUAGUUGUUUAAAAAAUAAUAAUAAUAAAUCCCUUCUUACCCCUUCUUGCGUUUUCUUAACUCAUAGAGCUAGCAUGUAGGUUUACUGCUUGUGUAACUCCACCUGCUAGUCUUGCGUGCACGUACAUGCAUUAACAUUUAGUUUGCACUGAGCGAGCUGUAAAAGAGGCAGUGUUUGGAUGAUGCUGAAGAACUAUUUGCACAAAGUGAUGAGGGCAAUAGUCUCUGCUGCUUCACUCUAGUGGGAUCUAGCUAGUCUUAUUUAAGCUGUUCAGAAGCUGAAUUGUUGUAGGCUUUUGAGAUGAGAAGCAAUUUAAAGAGGGCAAGUGAUUGGAUGUAGUUUUGUUUAGGCUUAUUGGACCCUGUGCUUUUGGAAGCUAUGGUGAAAUAUUUGAAACUCGCAGGGUUAUAUAUUACGGUUCAGUCAUGAAUUCUUUACAGUUCAGAUUGGGUCAGAACCACCACCACUAUUAGUAUCUGGUGUUAGUUGAUUUUUAGAGUCAAACUUGCAAGGAAGUGGGCAAACAAGCUCAUGCGUGGUGUGCCUAUGCGUAAUUAUAUUCCCUCCAAUAAUAAUAUAUCCUCACAGCAUACCUUGUUAUCUUGCUAGUAAGUCUGCCUUUGUGGUGGACGUAAUGUAUACACAUACAUACAAACAUACAAACAUACAUACAUAUUUACUAUAUCGGUAUACUACUAAUGAUUAUUGAUAACUUAGCAGUUAAGCUUAAUUAAAUAUAACCUGACCUUGUAUUGAUUAUAUAGAACCUCUUGUUAUUGAGCUAUGCUAUAUGAACUGUAUUGCUGAAUAGAUGAUUAGUGAUUUUUUUUUUUCUUUGGCUUUCGUGAGGGUCAUUCCAGAAAAGCUUGGAUCUGUAAGCUGUUCCCAGCCCAAACUGCCACAAUAGAGAAGGUAAUAAUUGUAAUAAGUGUAUGAAGCUGGAAUAUAAUUCAGUAAGAAUAUGAUAAAGGGGCAGGAUUUGUAGGGAACCAAAUUUGAGUUUAACUGGAAAGGAAUAUUUUGAAGGAUUUUCUGGAAUGGCCUAGAUGUAUGCUUCUCUGAGGGAUCGUAUUAUUACUACUACUAUUACUACUAUUAUUAUGAUGAUAAUGAUUGCUAUUAUGACUUUCUAUCCUCCUAUAUUCUAUUGAUAUAUGUAUAUGUUAAUUGCAAUGUAUAACUCUCUCUUUAAAUAUAUGUAUCCAUGUAUGAAUAUAAAAAACUUAACAGUGAAUAGUCUAUGUAUGCUGAGUCACAUUUUCAGUUUAGGGAAGGGAGACUGUAGAUACAUGUGCUUGAGGUAAUAUGAUGCUUAUGAUUUAGUUUGUAUUUAAACUGGAAUAGAAGUGCAAAGAUUGUCCCAUUGGACCUGGUUUAGCGCAGGUUAUGUUACAGAGUCCACUCUGUGUUUUAGUUGGCGUGUCUUUAGUUUUGGACUUUAGUAUCAGUGGUCGAGAAAUUGUUUCCUGUAGAGGAGAGAUUUCAGGAUUUUUGGUUGGUUGUUUUUCUUUAAAUGCAGUAAGACUUAAUUCUGAUACUAUGUUAUUGAGCUAUUCUACUCUUCCAAGGCCUUUAGUUGUGAUAAACCUCAAGCACAUGUAUUUGUCAGCUGUAUCGUAAGAAAAUACUAAGCAUACAUAUUUGUUUGUUUGCAUAGCGCCUUAUACAAUAUAAACAUAUAUACAGUUAUAAAUAUCCUAAUAUGUAUAAUCUUUCCCCUUCAGUAUAUAAUUAUAUACACACUUAGACAACUUGGAUAAGAAAAUAGAUGCAAGGUGAUGGAUGUGUGUUUCUUUUUUUUUUUUUUUUUUUUUUCGUAACUUGCUCUGUUGGCUGUUUGCUGAAGUCAGAAGCUAAUUUGAUCGGUUAUUAAUGGCAUGCGACACGAGCUCUAGAGUAUUCUCGUGGGUUGUGGAUCCAGUGGAUUGUUGGUCGCAUUUCACAGCGAUUUUGAUGCCGUUUAAGCUUUUGGCCGAAGCUAGACAAUCAGAGAAUGUGUCAGUAAGCUAAGAGAAAAGGACAGAGAGGUUUAGUCUAUAGAUACCGUCUCAGUCAUGAUAGUGUUUGUAAAGAGUCAUAUCAAAUGAUAAGAAUCUCUUCCCACCAGCUAGUCAAGGGGCUAGAAAGAACAUUAUCCACUCGAACCAACCCACCCAUACACACCCACCCCACCAACCCAUCCAUUGUUUUCAACUUGAGUUUACUUCAUUUAAAUGUGAACUAGUAACUUUCUAUACCAUCUUGGACUUGGACCUCUAGCCAAGUAUGUUAAAAUCAGUGAGGAAAGAUUGCACAUGGUUAAAUGACCUUUGCGUUUAAUGGCCUCUAACCUCUGUCUUGAUGAAUGGGAGAUGUGAUUGUACCAAAUUCACCCUGAAAAGACUUGUCUUUUCUACAGAACAUGAAUAUACACAGUUAGAUUGAUGUUCAAAAUGCUGUUUCUGUCAAAAGUUAUUUUUCAACUGCUUGAGAUAACUGAUGAAAAAAAAAAUCAGAGUUUUGAAAGACAAAAACAAUGCCUCUUUUUGUACUGUAUUUUUACAUUUGUUUUUGUUUUGUUUCUCCUUUUUUUGCUCCCUGGUUGGAAGUGAAUAAUCACAGUGGACCAAAUCUCAUGAGUGUAUAACAAUAAACAGACUGUUUUAGCAAA